CUUCACAGGUAACUGAAAGCUACAGAUCGAUUAAGACACUGGAAUAUUCAUCUUUUGCUAUACUUGUCAACACACAGGAAGUGUUUUGUACGUCCGGGAGUUAGGCACACAACUCCACUGAAUCAGUGAGGGGGAGGAAGAGGGAGGAAAACUUUUGAAGCAAGGAAUUCCGUAAUUCUCAUUCCUCCAUUUUGAACUUUUAAACUCCAGUUUCUCUAGUGGACCGUUGUCGAAUUCCAGACACCAUGACAAGCAUCAAUACACCCAACAUCAACUUUAAAUGGGACCCAAAGAGUCUAGAGAUCCGUACUCUGGCUGUGGAAAGGCUGCUGGAGCCCCUUGUCACCCAGGUCACUACUUUGGUAAACUCCAGCAACAAAGGCCCAUCAAACAAGAAAAAGGGACGCUCCAAGAAGGCUCAUGUUUUGGCUGCAUCAGUAGAGACUGCUACCCAGAACUUCCUGGAGAAAGGAGAAAAGAUUGCAAAGGAAAGCCAGUUCCUUAAGGAUGAGCUGACUGCUGCUGUGGAAGAUGUCCGUAAGCAAGGUGAGUCAAUGCGCCAAGCUUCUGGAGAAUUUGCAGAAGACCCCUGCUCUUCUGUGAAGAGAGGCAAUAUGGUUCGUGCCGCUAGAGCCCUCCUGUCAGCAGUCACACAUCUGUUGGUGUUGGCAGACAUGUCUGAUGUCUACAAACUUCUACUGCAACUGAAACUGGUGGAGGACAGUCUGGUGAAAGUCCGUAACGCAGGAACAGAGCAGGACCUGGGAAUCCAAUAUAAGGCCUUGAAACCAGAAGUGGACAAGCUGAAUAUGAUGGCUGCUAAGAGACAGCAGGAACUAAAAGAUGUCCACCACAAGGAUCAAAUGGCGGCUGCUCGCGGAGUGCUACAGAGGAACAUCCCAAUGCUGUACACAGCAUCCCGUGCCUGUCUCCAGCACCCUGAUGUGGCUGCCUACAAGGCUAACCGUGACCUGAUCUACAAGCAGCUGCAGCAUGCAGUUUCAGGAAUCUCCAAUGCUGCCCAGGCCACUGCCACUGAGGACUCAGCACUCAGUCAGCCAGCUGGAGGUGGAGAGCUGGCCUACGCCCUCAACAAUUUUGAUAAACAAAUCAUCGUGGAUCCUCUGGCGUUUACUGAGGAGCGCUUCCGUCCCUCCCUCGAGGAGCGCCUUGAGAGCAUUAUCAGUGGCGCUGCCCUCAUGGCCGACUCUUCCUGCACACGUGAUGACCGCAGGGAGCGCAUCGUGGCUGAAUGCAAUUCUGUGCGCCAGGCUCUUCAGGACCUCCUGUCUGAGUAUAUGGGCAAUGCUGGAAGAAAGGACAGAAGUGAUGCCCUGAACACAGCCAUCGACAGGAUGACAAAGAAAACCAGAGAUCUUCGCAGACAGCUGCGUAAAGCUGUGAUGGACCAUGUCUCUGACUCUUUCCUGGAGACCAACGUUCCCCUCUUAGUCCUGAUUGAGGCUGCCAAGAAUGGCAAUGAGAAAGAAGUCAAAGAAUAUGCACAGGUCUUCCGUGAGCAUGCCAACAAGCUGAUUGAGGUGGCCAACCUGGCAUGCUCCAUCUCCAACAAUGAGGAGGGAGUAAAGCUGGUCCGUAUGGCAGCAUCUCAACUGGAAACACUCUGCCCACAGGUGAUUAAUGCAGCGUUAGCCCUCGCUGCCAAGCCCAACAGUAAGGUGGCCCAGGACAAUAUGGAUUUGUUCAAAGAGCAGUGGGAGAAGCAGGUCCGCGUCCUCACUGAUGCUGUUGAUGACAUCACAUCCAUUGACGACUUCCUUUCUGUGUCUGAGAACCACAUACUGGAGGAUGUGAAUAAGUGUGUCAUCGCUCUGCAGGAGAAGGAUGUUGAUGGUUUGGAUCGCACUGCUGGAGCUAUUCGAGGCCGAGCUGCCAGAGUCGUCCAUGUGGUCACUUCUGAAAUGGACAAUUAUGAACCUGGAGUCUACACAGAGAAGGUCUUGGAGGCUACCAAGCUCCUCACAAAUACAGUCAUGCCACGGUUCACAGAGCAAGUGGAGUCUGCAGUGGAGGCCUUGAGUGCAAAUCCCUCACAACCUAUGGAUGAGAACGAGUUCAUCGAUGCAUCCCGUCUGGUAUAUGAUGGCAUCCGUGACAUUCGCAAGGCUGUCCUUAUGAUCAGAACUCCAGAGGAGUUGGACGACUCUGAUUUUGAGACCGAGGACUUUGAUGUUCGCAGCAGGACCAGUGUGCAGACAGAGGAUGACCAACUUAUUGCUGGCCAGAGUGCACGGGCUAUCAUGGCCCAGUUGCCCCAGGAGCAGAAGGCGAAGAUUGCAGAACAGGUGGCUAGCUUCCAAGAAGAGAAGAGCAAGUUGGAUGCUGAGGUAUCCAAGUGGGAUGACAGCGGCAAUGACAUCAUUGUUUUGGCUAAGCAGAUGUGCAUGAUCAUGAUGGAGAUGACAGACUUCACCAGGGGUAAAGGCCCUCUGAAGAAUACAUCUGAUGUCAUCAGUGCUGCCAAAAAAAUUGCAGAGGCAGGAUCAAGAAUGGACAAACUGGGCCGCACCAUUGCUGACAAUUGUCCCGACUCCACCUGUAAGCAGGACCUGCAUGCCUACCUGCAGCGUAUCGCCCUGUAUUGUCACCAGCUCAACAUCUGCAGCAAAGUCAAGGCUGAGGUUCAGAACCUGGGAGGGGAGCUGGUUGUCUCUGGGUUGGACAGUGCCAUGUCACUCAUUCAGGCCGCAAAGAACCUGAUGAACGCCGUCGUGUCCACUGUCAAGGCCUCGUACGUGGCGUCUACCAAGUACCAGAAGAGCAAAGGCAUGGAGGCCCUCAACAUGCCGGCUGUGUCAUGGAGGAUGAGAGCUCCGGAGAAGAAGCCUCUGGUGAAGAGAGAGAAGCACGACGAUGGCCAGACCAACAGAGUCAAAAGAUCCUCACACAAGAAACACAUCAACCCCGUGCAGGCUCUGAGCGAGUUUAAAGCCAUGGAUAGCAUCUAGACUCGCGCGCUUUUUUGAUGAAAGAGUAGAGAAAAUAUGGAUCAGUGAGUUUCAAUAUAGAAUGAGCUUGUCGGUCUUUCAGAGAUAAAGGUUUUAACAUUUGCUCUAUCUUUGCAUAGACAGCUUAUUUGUUUUGACCAAUUAUAUUCCUAAUUUUUUAUUCCACAAGUUCAGAUGUGCUUUUGUCUGUACCGAUAGCCGUCUCUUAUCUGGAAAAUACAGUUAGAGGGAAAUCAACUGGACAGAAGCAUUUUAUAUAUUUUUCCUUUCUGUCUGUUGUGUUUGUGGGAGGAAGAGGAGUUAAUUUCAUAGAUGAUAUAAGAAGUAAUUCCAAGAGGCUUUUCCAUCAUACCUUGUUCUAACCAGUUUUAUAGUAAUACUACGGGGUCUUUGGUUAUUUACACUAAAAAUGUUUGAUUAUGGCAAAGUACUGUCUGUUCUGCUAGUAUCAACUAUGCAAAAUCUUAUUUUAACUCGAGCAUUAAUCAUAGUUUAUUUGGCUGUGCAGGGCUAACUGCUAAGAUGUAAUUGUGUUGGUUCAACCUUUAAAGAACCAAAGACAAUAUAUCUCAGUGUGUGCUCAUGUUUUUCUAUCUCUAUAUAUUUUUAUGCCUCAGUCAAAAAAGAUUUAAACCAACUUUAAACCCUAUUUUCAAUGCUGUUUAACUGGUGAUUUCUGUCCAUGUAAACACUUGGACUGCUAAGUGUAAUUUCUUUAUAAUUUAAUCAUCUCACAUGAUUAUUAUUAUUAUUUUUUUUUAAUUAUUAUUAUUAUUUUGUGCAUGUUCACAUGAUGCAGCAAACCAAAGGUGACCGUAAUCUUCCCAGCCUUCUGUUUUGUUACAUGACUGGAACAUGUGCUUAAUCUAAGUAAACCUAAGGCACACAAUUCUACCUAGUCAAGCUUUGUGCAGUCUGGGGGAAAAACCACUGGGCUAAAAACAAAACCCGACUUGGACCCAGUGUUUUCUCCAGCUCUCCAAUGCAGAAAGCUUCAUUAAAUAUCAAUAAGACCAAACACUUCCGCUGUCUAAGGAUGUGUCCAAAUCAAGGGAUCAAUUUGUUUUCACCACUCAGCUCUGUGGUAGAUGAGGGGGAGGAGGGGGAUUUCACUGAAAGAUUUUGUUUUGUCAUGCGCUAUCUAAAACAACAAACAAACCCAGAAACAAGUUGCCAGGUGCUGGAGCUUUAAAGUGAAACAGGAAAAGUUUUAUUUUCUUCAGGUAAUGACUGUGGGAUGGUCACUCCCUGCAGCUGGUCCAGUCAGCAUUCUGCUGCAUUUGUGGUGCAUUGGUGUACAGCGAGGCUUUGAAAUCCUGCUGCUUUCAACUCGGGGCUGAAUCUUCGACUCAUUUGACAUCUGUGAACUACAGCAGGGAGGGCUUGUGUGGUUAUUUGAUGGAUGGAUAUUUUUUAUUACUGUAGAACUGAGCGUUUUGAGAGUAUUAUCAGUAUGUUUUUUUUCCUCACAGUUCGUCUUUUGCUGUACUAGUUUGAAUUUGAAUCUGGUGUGAUAUCAAACUACUUUGUGUGGAUUUUUUUUUUGUUCUUGAGAGCUGACUUAUUAGUGCACACGUUUCUUAUGCUCAUGUGCCUGCUUUAUAUCUUAAUAAACAUUUGAAACUAAA